CAGAUCCUCAGACAGCCUCCUCAGGGGUCCUUCAGGCACCCGGAAGAAGCGCCAGUGUUUACAGUCGAGCGGUAGAAACACGUGUGUGAUGAUCAGCACAGACUGCAGUUACUUCUCUUGACUUUAUUUCUGUCAGCAGCAGUGACAUAAGCAUCAUGAGAGUUGUUGCGUUGAUCAGUGGCGGUAAAGACAGCUGUUAUAACAUGAUGCAGUGUGUGUCUGCUGGUCACUCUAUAGUGGCCCUCGCCAACCUCAGGCCUGCUGCACACGCUGUUUCAGAUGAGCUGGAUAGUUACAUGUAUCAGACCGUGGGUCACCAGGCCGUGGAUCUGUUCGCCGAGGCCAUGGAUCUGCCCCUCUACAGGCACACUAUUAAGGGCUCGAGUCUGCAGACGGGCAGAGAAUACAGUCAGACUGAAGGAGACGAGGUGGAAGAUCUCUAUCAGCUGCUCAAGCUCGUCAAGGAGGAGAAGCAUGUGGAGGCCGUGUCUGUCGGGGCCAUUCUGUCGGACUACCAGAGAGUACGUGUGGAAAAUGUGUGUGCGAGACUGCAGCUCCAGCCGCUGGCGUACCUGUGGCGCCGAGACCAGGCCGAGCUGCUCAGAGAGAUCAUAUCAAGUGGCCUCAACGCCCUCCUCAUCAAAGUGGCGGCAUUCGGUCUGGAUCCAGAGCGACAUUUAGGAAAAUCCCUGGCGGAGAUGGAACCGUAUCUGCACGAGCUAUCAGAGAAGUAUGGAGUUCAUAUCUGUGGGGAAGGAGGCGAGUAUGAGACCUUCACCGUUGACUGUCCGCUCUUCAAGAAGAAGAUUGUAAUUGACUCUGCGGAGACCGUCAUCCACUCGGCCGAUGCCUUCGCUCCUGUCGGAUACCUGCGCUUCACACACAUGCACACCGAGGACAAAAAAGAAGGCUCCGGAGGGCGGCCGCUGCCUCUCAGUAGAUGUCCUUGCCAGAACGCCAUUGACAGGAUGACAGAAGAGCUGGAAUAUGCUGAUAAAACUCCAGACGUCCAGGGAGGAUGUCCAUCAAACACUGAGCGCAGUUGUCAGUCGGAGCAGGGUUGUCUGCCGUCACACUCAGGCAGGAGUUCAGCGGGUUACCAGUGGAUAACCGGUCUGACUGCGCUUCAGUCCGAACACACGGACGUCCAGAGCCAAACCCGGCACGUCUUCACACUCCUGCAAAGGCGGCUGCAGGAGAACGGCUGGCUGAUGAAGCAUGUGCUUCUGGUUCAUCUCUACGUCAGUGACAUGGAGAGCUUCAGCCAGAUCAACUCGGUUUAUCGCACCUUCUUCAAACACAAUCCGCCAGCGAGGGUCUGCGUCCAGGCAUCGCUUCCGGCCGGUCAGCAGCUGCUGAUGGACGUUCUUCUUCACGAGCGGACGGCGGCGUGUGAGAAUGACAGCUACCCUCAGAGAGACACGCUUCACGUCCAGAGUCUGUCUCACUGGGCCCCGGCCAACAUCGGCCCCUACAGUCAGGCUGUGCGGGUACAGGAGGCGCUGUUCUGCGCGGGACAGAUCGCUCUGAUGCCCUGCUCCAUGCAACUGCUCAACGGGCCGCCGGUGCUCCAGGCUCGGUUGUGCUUCAGUCACAUGGAGAAGGUUCUGCGUGCCGUGAGCUCCGGACUCACGCUGGCUCACGUGCUGCAGGCGCACAUCUAUGUCACACACCUAAAACACACAGCGGCCGUCAUGGCAGUCUGGAGCAGAAACCUGCAGGACGUCCAGGAGGACAGUGACGGUGCGCCGCAGGUGGAGGUCAGUGUCGCGGUCGUUCCAUCUUUACCCAGAGGAGCAGCGGUUGAGCUGCAUGUCAUCGCUGUGCAGGACCGUCCCGCAGACAGAUUGUCCCAUUGCAGUCUCUCUGAGGUCCCGGGCGGCACCGUUGAAUGUCGCCUGGUGCAGUCCAGCUGCGGUCGAUACGCCUCCGUGUCUCUAAGCGUGUGUUUCAGCGCUGCACACGCAGCAGCCGAGAGCGUCACGGAUGCGCUGCUUUCCUCCUACCAAAAUGCUGUUCAGAAGACGAAGAAUCUUUCGGCACUGUGUGCCAGAGUUUUCUAUAAGAGCCACGACACGUCCGUCACAGAGAUCGCCACAGGGCUGGAGCGGAGCCUGAGCGGCGGUCUGGAUGGAUCCGGUCCCGCUGUGGCGCUGGUUCCGGUUGAAGACCUGCCGGACCGCGUCGUCCUGCACGUCUCCUGCUGGCUCAGUGUGUAAAGGAGCUUCAGUGGAUCAAACGCCAGAGUUAAACCUGCUGCUGAUGUCAAGCUCAGAUCGAGCCCUGUAAUCGGUGGCGCUCUCAUUGGAUGUUUGUUUGUUAAAGAGUUUGUUCAUCCAGAUGAUCAUUCUGUCAUCAUUUACUGUCCUUCAAACCUGUAGGACUCUUUCUGGAGCACAAACACAGAUGUUUAGCAGGACGUUCACACUGCUCUUUUCCAUUCAGUGAAAGGCCCAUUCAAACCGAGGAAGAUGUUUGAGCCAAAUGGAUUUUGAAUGCAACUUUCAAAAGACAACAAAUAUAUAUUUUUACGUUUGAUAAUUAAGUUACACGAUUAGGCUGUUGUUGGUACAAAAUUAUUAGUGCCGCAAAGCCGUCACCAUUUAGUACAUUCAGCCAUUUUGAUGCCAAAAUAUGUAGUUUUUUCGUACAACCGAUUAGGGGAAUCGGUCCAAAAUUUUUACAAAACAUAAUUUUGCCAACAUAACAAAACUGGAAAGUUUAAAGGGGUCAUGUCAUUAAUUUUUUUAUUAUUUUAAUAUUCCUUGAGGUUCACAUAUAAAACUUUUUGCACAUAUAUCUGAAAAAAAACAAUUAUUUUCUACCCUCAUUCUGUCUGAUAUUACCAGUUUUUAAGGCGUGGCUCCUUUAAGGCUUGUCAGUAAACGGCCACUGUUAUGAUUGGCUAAUGUCAUUGCAUAGGAAACAGUAUCAAUGCCCACAUUUGCUAUUGCACACAAGCAAGUGUUUUGAAAACAUCCAUAUAAAACUGUAAUUUACAGACAGCGUUUACUACAGUAACUUGAGUAAAGUUUAACGAGUGGGUCUCUGAGCUGGUGUGAAUGAUUGAAGGCUAAUUUGCAUAUUCAUGGAAAUUCAUUUCUGUAUUAAAACACAGGCAAAAAAGAGGCAGAAACAAGCAAUAGAAGCAAUGCUGACGCAACAUGUUAAAUAAUCAAGCAGUCAAUUCAUCGACUGGCCGCUAGAGACAGGCUCCAAAAGGGAGUCAAUCCCAUAGACCCCCCAUGUUAAAAUGCCCAACUUUACAGCAGAAAAAAUUUUUUGCAGCCUGGUACAAAAAGUGGUUUUGGUCUAUACAGCUAAUUUUGCCCUUCAUGACAACUGUGAGGGGGGUGAAUUUUUUAUAACUCAUCCUGUUUAAAUUAUAUUAAGCCUUAAAGUUCUGCAUAAUUAAGGGUGUGGUCACUUGAGUGACAGGUGGAUUGCCAGCUGCUGUCACUACUAGCUGUUUGUCUGUUAGCUCCACCCACGCCCCGCCUCUUUGCCCAUUUUCGGUUAUCUGGGAGUGACGCGCUGCUGAGAUGGCAGCCGGCUCCACCCACUUUGCGCUUCAAAAAUGCUCUUCAGAAACACACAGGUGACGUCAGGGACACUACAUCCAUGUUUUAUACAGUCUAUGAAAAUAACGCGAUCAUCAGACAUUAAACAGCAUUUACAUCAAAACUUCUCAACGUUACUGAAUGAAAUGUCAAACCCAUGAAGAGGAAACGACUGUGAAGCUUUGAGGGUGUUGAUGGACUCGAUCUACUCCAUCUGUGUUUUGAUCAUCGUUCCCAUCCGGAUGAAGACUUUGACAAAAAUUCAAUUUUCUGUUUUUUGUUCAAAAUGUUGCUUUGUUUUAUUUUUUAUAAAACUUACAUUUAAGUGUCGAUAAAAAAAAAAGAUUAAAAAUAUAUGAAUAUGAAAAAAAUUAAAAUCAUGAAGCUAGAAUAAAAUGGGUUUGUUUGUUUGAAAGCA